UCCGGACCGAUUGUUCGGUCUGAAUAUAGGAUUCCUGCAGUAGUGGAAACUUGCAAGAGCAUGCUAGAGUUUCCCGGAAAGAUAAGCAAAAGGGAUAAAGCGCAGGCGGCUAUGUUUUUGAAAAAUUCAGAGAACAAGGAGGUUGACGCUAGGAAGCAUGUGGAGCAGUUGAAGGAACGGCGGGAGAACUCUGUCUCAACGUCCUGCCUGAUCUACAACGCAACUGGGGACACCAUCAACUUUAGUCACAGCAAAAAUUGGGAGGGGCAAUUCGGAUCUGAAUAUCCAGAAAUGAUCGAAAAUGGCCAGUGGGGUGUCUUGGUCCAUGUCAGCAGUAGAACCACGUCACCUCGUUCCAGCGGGGCUGUAGUGUACCGCGGCAAGAAUGAGGAUGAAGUUGAACGUGACUGGAUGCUGGCUUGGGACAACAUUAGCGGCAAGUUUUGUUCUCACAAGGUGAACUAAAUAUAUUAUUUUAUAAUUAAUUUAAAUAAAAAUAUAUUAAAAUU